AUGGCGGUUUUACAACGUUUUCCGUUCCACCACAGGCAUGGGCCUUCGCUCAUAGGCUUAUUCUUCAACAUCCUACUCUAUGGUAUCAUGAUCACGCAGACGUUCCUGUACUUCCAUGCCUUCCCGAAUGACCGCCGAUGGAUCAAGCUCUUCGUCUCAGUCCUGUUCCUGGCCGACACCGUCAAUUCAAUCUUUGACUGCGUCUUCAUCUACCAAGCUGUCAUCAUUCACUUUGGGGAUGAUGACUUCGUCGCUAACGCGAACUGGGUCUUUGCGACAGAUCCUGCUAUGACGGGUAUCAUCGCAGCCAUGGUGCAACUAUUCUUUGCGUGGAGAAUAAAGAUAUUGACGGGAAACAACUACCUCGUCGGGAUCGUUAUCGUAGCUGCCAUCACGGGAAUGUUCGGCGGGCUUGGGACUGCAGUAGCCAUCAAGUUCGUACCGAAGUUUAUCGAGUUCCAGCGGUUCGAGCCAGUUGUCAUCGUCUGGCUUAUCGGCAACGCCAUCUGCGACAUCAUCAUCACGAGUGUGCUUACCUGGCACUUGCGAAGGCACCGGACAGGCUUCCCUGCGACAGAUGACAUUGUCAACAAGAUUAUUAGAUUGACCGUCCAGACGGGGAUGCUCACCUGCAUCGUGGCACUGUUUGACACCGUCUUCUUCGUCGCCAGUUCCUCUGGAAUACAUAUUGGCUUCAACUUCCCGUUAUCGAAGCUGUAUACGAAUUCCUUGAUGUCUACUUUGAAUUCUCGGACGGGCUGGAAGUAUAACCGGACCACUGAGCCCAGCGGGGAGGAAUCGGGAGCUGUCAGUGGCAAUCGGGGUGGUCGGAAUCGGAAGGUUUUUGUCACGGUCGAGUCCCAUCAAAUGGUGGACAUGGACAACAAGACGGGCGCCAUCACCGAGGCCGAAGACGAUGUCGACCAUUCGACGUAUCACCAGGAAAGACAGAAAGACGUGUCAUCGUUCGCGGUAUAG